CGUAGUGGAGCAUAAGCUUUCAUGGGUGAAUACCCAUUUCGUCAUAUGGAUGUAGACAUGUGAUAAGGUGUGUACCCCACACAGGGCCUGAAAGGGUUAAUGUGGGCCUGUGGCACCAAUUAGAUACCUGGCUGCACUUGGAGGGAGAGCCAGAUUUAACUGAAUAAGAAGUCUGAUGGGCUGGAAUAGGCUGGAUUGUAAAGCCAGGAAGUUUGCAUAGAAAGAGUCUGCAGGGAGAGUCUGCAGUCACUCUCUGGGAGCCGAGAGCAGCGGGAGGUGAAAUCCCAGGAGGGAGAAUGAGCCCGGGGUUCUAGCCCCAGAAGAAAGGUCAACCCCAGAGAAAUUGUGGGGAAAGGAAUCCUGAGAAGGCUAGGUAGGAAGAAGCCCAGGAAAACAGCAGUAAGGGAUAGGUCUGUGCAGACAUUAGCUGCUUGUAUAGGCACCCGAGAGUAGAGGGUGGACCUGGGUUCCCAUACUAGCCACUGGGAAGUGGCCCAGGAGCACUGGAGAUGCCAACCAGACAGCUGGUCUUGUUACUUUGGAAGGGGAGGACUAUAGUGACAUGGCCAGAGGGCUGAGUCAUGAAGAAGGAGCACCCUGAGUCCUGGAGAGAGAGGGGUCACGGUGCAAGGAAGGGGGCAUCAGACCUGAGUGGAGCUAAUCCCCAGAGACGACCACAAGAAGGCACCUCUCAAGGAACCAGAAGCAACCUCCUGAUUCAAAUGUAGCUGCUCAGCAUUUAACCCUUCAUUUCCAUGUGGGCUGCUCAACUGGAAACACAAUCAAUGCUGACAUGUAUUAGCUACGGACAGCAGUACGAUAAAGUUCUAACUGGCCAGAGAAACACAGCCAAAUUCUGGUUAAUCUCUGGUGCAAGGCAAGCAAGACAUAUGACGUUAGCAACAGUUUGAGAAAUGAUCAUGUCUACAAAACUAUAUCCAAGAAGCUGGCAGCAUUGGGGAUUGGCUGGAUAACCAAACAACACAGAUAAUGCAUCAAGCAGCUGAAGAUAGAGUACCACAAAGUCAAGGAUGCCAACAGCACCACUGAGAACUCUCCAUAUGCACAUCUCUUUUAUGAGAAAUACAAUUGGUUACUUGGAACUGUAGCAGGCACUGAACCCACAGUGGUGCAUAAGAGUCUCCUGAGCAGGGAUGGUGACCUUAUUAACACUCCCCUCCCCCAAUCACAGGCACCACUGGAGGAGAGACAGCCACUAGAUGAAGGGCAAGAAGUGACUCUGGAGUUGAGGCCAGUAACCAAAGAGGUUAUGCCACUAGAGCAGCUACCUCAUAUCCUGAGUCUGUACUUGGAGGACCUAUCUGGGGAUGGCCAUGGGGUGCAGCCUGCUGAGGAACCGGCAUCAGAACUAGCACCAGAGCAGGAGCCAGCUCCUGGCAGUGGAAUGAGGACAUCACCAAAUGGCAGGCUCUCCAUCCCUCAUCGCUACUCAGUGGGAAAGCAUUCCUGUCAAAGGGAAAGUGGGCCCUGGCACAGAGGGGCCAUUCCCUCCUGGGAAGAGAUCGAGGGAAAGGAAAGCAAUGGCUGCCAAAGGGGUGGAAUCUACACCCAUGCCCCCCGUAGCCCAGUCCAGGAUGGAGAACUUCAGGAAGGUCAAGACGUCGGAGCAGGAUAGCCCACUGCCCUUCCCUGACCUGUCCCCUGGCGUGGUGGAGAUGAAAGUGAAGGAGGGCAGCAAGAUCAGGAAUUUGAUGGGCUUUGCCAUGGCCAGGAUGGAGCUGAAGGGCACCCGGCAGAUAGUCUUCAGUGGCUGUGGUCGGGCAGUCACCAAAACCAUCACCUGUGUGGAGAUCAUGAAGAGGAAGCUGGGGGGCCUCCACCAGGUCACCAAGGUGCGUUACAAGACCCUGCUGGAGGUCUGGGAGAACAAGGACCCUCAGCCUGAUGGCCAAGUGGAGAACCUGACCGUCCACAAGAAUGUGCCCUCCAUCUGUAUCCUAUUGUCCAAGGACCCCCUGGACCCGAAUGAGAUGGGCUACCAGCCUCCGGAGUCCAGGGAUGGGCUGUGGGCUGAAGAUGGGGGAACAGAGGAAGAUAGACUCAGUUCACUCCCACAAGGGGUGAAGAGACCUUUGGCACUUCCGCAUGGGGAGCUGGCUAACAAGAAAAUGCAGGUACAGGUACCAGAGAGUCAAAAGGGCUUGGGGACUAUGGACUACAUGCUGGACUGUCAUCACUGACUCACCCCCACCCCCCAGAGAAAUAACCUAAGCCAUACGUAGUGUACAUAGAAAAGAGAUUAUAUAUUGAAGACACUCUAGAUUUUUAGACGCUUUGUAAUCAAUAAA